AUUGUCAACACUUGUGUCAUAAAAAUGUUAUAAACAUGUGGUCUUAGGCAGUCUUAGGUUAUAAAAUACAGAAAGGGUUUUUAUUUAAAUAUUGUGAUUUGUAUGAAAACUUCAAAAUGGUGAAGAAAAAGAUUGAUAAUCGUAUAAGGGUUAUGAUAGAAAAUGGCGUUAAACUCGGCCACAGGACUAUGUUUCUACUCGUUGGUGACAAAAGUAGGGAUCAGGUACCUAUCUUGUACGAUAUGCUCGUAAAGUCUACCGUUAAGGCUAGGCCAACAGUACUGUGGUGCUACAAAAACAAAGAUGAAGCUAUAAGCAAUCAUGGUCGAAAAAGAGCUAAGAAGAUAGCAGCUGGAAAGUUAGAGGUAUCAGAGGAAUCACUGUUUGAUGCGUUCAGAGUUGCAACAACUAUACACGGUCGUUACUAUUCAGAGAGUCAUGCGAUGCUCGGACAGACUUAUGGAGUCUGUGUUUUGCAAGAUUUCGAAGCGCUCACUCCAAAUUUGAUGGCUCGCACGAUAGAAACCGUGGAAGGAGGUGGUCUCAUCAUAUUCUUGCUCAAAACCAUGGAUUCAUUGCGACAGCUUCAUUCUAUAACUAUGGACGUCCAUGCUAGAUUCAAAACAGAAGCCUAUGACACUGUGGUAAAUCGUUUCAAUGAACGUUUUCUUUUAUCAUUGGCCGAUAACCCGAGGUGUCUUGUUUUAGAUGAUGCUUUAAAUGUACUUCCAAUAUCUUCGAAAACAGCUCAAAUUGAACCGGUUGAUGCUGCUCCUGAGGUAAUUAUACUAAAAAAAUUAGUGUCGUCAUUAUCAGACACGCCUCCAGCCGGUCCACUUGUAGCUUUAUGUCGGACAUACGAUCAAGCUACGGCUUUAGUAGCUCUUAUUAACACGCUUGCAGAUAAACAGUCUAGGCCACCCCACUGUCUUACAGCAGCGAGAGGUCGAGGCAAAUCGGCUUGCCUCGGUCUAGCGAUAGCUGGCGCUGUCUCCUUGGGCUACGUCAACAUAUAUGUCACAUCACCACACCCUGAAAACUUGAUCACAUUGUUUGAAUUUGUAUUAAAAGGUCUAGAUGCUUGUCUGUAUCAAGAACACAUAGAUUACAAUAUUGUGAGGUCGACCAACCCGGACUUCAAAAAGGCCAUUGUCAGAAUCAAUAUUGCUAGAAAUUCACGUCAGACUGUACAGUACAUAACCCCCGACGACCACGCCUUGCUGUCAGCCGCCGACCUGGUGCUAGUGGACGAGGCGGCCGCCAUUCCUCUCAGACACGUGUCUGCUGCGGCUACACGUGCGCCGCUCGCUCUCCUCUCCUCCACCGUGUCCGGGUACGAGGGUACGGGGCGAGCCUUGUCUCUUAAACUGUUCGCGCAGUUGCAGACCGAGCAUAAUGCGCCACCACCGAUCAAAUUAGAAGAACCAAUCCGUUACCGUGCCGGAGACCCAGUGGAACAGUGGCUCAACUCGCUACUAUGUCUGGAGGCACCAAGUCCCACACCGGGCAUGGGGGCUCCACCCCCCGCCGCCUGUGACUUAUACAGAGUGAACCGCGAUGCUCUUUUCUGUUACCAUAAAGCUGCUGAGGCAUUCCUUCAUCGCAUUGUUGCUAUAUAUGUGUCCAGUCAUUAUAAGAACAGCCCCAACGACCUGCAGCUGCUGGCGGACGCGCCGGCGCACCAGCUGUUCGUGCUGCUGGCGCCCGCCGCGCGCGCCGCGCUGCCCGAGGUGCUGUGCGUGCUGCAGCUGUGCCUGGAGGGCAACCUGAGCGACCGAUCGGUGACAGACAGUCUUGGUCGAGGCAGAAAAGCGGCAGGCGACCUCAUACCAUGGAAUAUGUGUGAACAGUUCGGUGAUAAAGACUUUCCGAAACUAUCUGGAGCGAGAAUCGUCAGAAUAGCCACACAUCCAUCUUAUCAACGGAUGGGUUACGGCAAGCGAGCCUUGCAACAAUUAGCUGCGUACUAUUCCGGUGAGAUUCCUUGUCUCGAAGAAGCUAAUAGCGACGAUGAUGACAGACAAGCAAACGGAAGAAAUGAUUCCUUGCAAACUGAAAAUAUUACACCCAGAGCGAAACCUCCAACACUCCUGCGUAGACUAACUGAAGUACGAGCAGAACAUUUAGAUUACCUGGGAACUAGUUUUGGUCUUACAGAAGAUUUGUUGAAAUUUUGGAAAUCUCAGAAAUAUGUACCGGUAUAUAUAAGUCAGAAAGCGAACGAGCUGACGGGCGAGCACUCGUGCAUCAUGCUGCGGCCCGUCCGCGCGGCGCCGUGGCCGGCCGCCUACUACGGCGACUUCCGCCGCAGGCUCUCCCGCCUGCUGGCGCGCGCUCUCCGCCCGCUCUCCGCGUCCCUCGCGCUCUCCGCACUCUCCUCGGACGCCGUCAAAGUCGACAAGCCCGAGUUAACAAAGCAACUGAUCGAGCAACACCUAUCCAGUCACGACCAGUCCCGGUUGGAAGCCUACUGUCGACAACAGGCAGACUAUAGGCUGAUUACCGACCUAUUGUUCCCUCUCGCCAGCAUAGUCUUCCACACGAAGGUUAAAUUGAAGCUAGAUGCUGUGCAGCAGGUAUUAUUUGUAGCGAUGGGUUUUCAAAUGAAAGACGUAGAUGAAAUAGCGACUGAACUCGGUUUACCUGGUUCUCAAAUCUUGGCGAAGUUCUACGAAGGCUGCAAGAAGAUAAAUGCAGCUCUAAACUCUAUUUUAGAAGUAACGGUGGCUAAAGAAAUGGGUAUUGAUGAUAAAACAGCAGAUGUAGCGACCGAUGAACCAGUCAAACAGAGUCUUCAGGAGGAACUAUCGAAGGCGGCAAAGGAAUUGGAACGUAAACAAAGAAAAGAGUUAUCGCGUUUGAUGGGCGAAGACCUCGCGCAAUACAGAAUUAAAGGCAGCGACCUCGACUGGGGCAAAGCCUUGUCUGGCUCUAAUCAGAAGAAAAUCGUUUCUGUCAAGAGCGGUGAGAAACGGCUCGGAGAUGACAGCAAAGAAAUUGAUGAUUUAAUCGAAGCUCACUCUAGCAAGAAAAAGAAGAAGAAGAAACAUGUUAGGAAUUAAGUGAAAUAAAUUUAUUUUACUAGAAAAUA